UCCCACGCUGCUGCUGCCUCUCCUCCAAACUUCUUCGCCCCCUUUUUUUUAUUUAUUUUUCCACAACUUCUCCCAACUCCAGCAAGAUCCCCGCAAAGGUCCGAGACUUCCCGGCUGACUGCAUGGCUACGUGAAAGUUUCAUGGACUUGGAACUUGGAAAACUUUUCGCGACGCUUUAUUGGAGCUCGUCGCCUCUAUAGUUACUGUGGAUUACUGACAUAUCGCGGGGACCUUUGGCAGCUUUUUAUUGGGGGUUAUCACCGUGUCUUCUGCAGAGGUCUUAGCCGAGAUGGGGAGCAAAGCCCUGCACGCUCCGAUCCCCCUGCACCCGGCCCUGCAGCUCACAAACUACUCCUUCCUGCAGGCCGUCAACACUUUCCCCGCUGACCAGCUGCAGGGGCUGUACGGCCUCAGCGCGGUGCAAACCAUGCACAUGAACCACUGGACUCUCGGUUACCCGCACAUCCAAGGACUGAGGUCGACGAUCACGGAGAUGGCAGCCGCCCAGGGGCUGAUGGACCCCAGGAUUCCCUUCCCUGCGUUGCCCUUCACGGCCGCAGCGCAGCUCUUCCAUCCAAAACAAGCCGCCAUUGCGCACGGCAUCCCCUCGCUGCACAAGGACAGGCCGAGGUUUGACUUCGCCAACCUGGCCCUCGCUGCCACUCAAGAGGACCCGCCGAAAGCUGUGGAUCUGGUGAAGUUGGCGUCGGGGCUAGGGGGAACCAUCUCUGAGCUGAGCAAGCUGUCCCCGGACAGAAAACCCACCCGGGGAAGGCUCCCGUCCAAGACUAAAAAGGAAUUUAUUUGCAAGUUCUGCGGCAGGCAUUUCACCAAGUCCUACAACCUCCUCAUCCACGAGAGGACCCACACGGACGAGCGGCCCUAUACCUGUGAUAUUUGCCACAAGGCUUUUAGAAGGCAAGACCAUCUCCGAGACCACAGAUACAUCCACUCCAAGGAAAAACCAUUCAAAUGUCAAGAAUGUGGGAAGGGGUUCUGUCAGUCUCGAACUCUAGCCGUCCAUAAAACCUUACACAUGCAGGAGUCCCCCCACAAAUGCCCCACAUGCGGAAGAACCUUUAAUCAGAGAAGUAACCUGAAAACUCACCUUCUCACCCAUACAGACAUCAAGCCCUACAGCUGUGGCCGCUGCGGAAAGGUGUUUCGGCGCAACUGUGACUUGCGACGGCACAGUUUGACGCACAGCCCGCCACAGGACUACUAGGCCUGGACAGACUAACACAAACUAAAA